GGCAACAUAACGUCCCCAACACACUGCUUUGGCCCCUGCUUCGGAUAAACGGGAGGCUCAAAUCAGGCUCCGUUUGAGUCAAUUGGCUGGUCGUUGAGUCAUUCUUGACCUCGGCUUGGAGUCAACCGAUCGAUGCAGACCGGGUGGACAUGUCAGACAAGAUGUGCUCUUCUUGACUGCAUUGUGAUGGUAUAGCUCCUGGGAAACCCUGGUGUGACAGUCUAUGGGAGUCUCCCAUGUGACGGCAUCCCCUUGUUGGGCCCCAUGGUGGGUGGGGUCACUAGGAGCUGAAUUGCUUUGUCUAAAUAUGGAUUCCAAAAAUUUAAAACAACCAAACAGGGAUAAGUUACCUUUAGUAACAACCAACAUUUCCAGCACUGCAACCUACUUGAUAGUUCAUGCAAUUGGUGAUAAACCACUGUCAAAAUGCUCUCCAUUUCUUAUUCAAAAAAUAUUUGAAUCAACGAUUGGACACUUGAAAAAGAUACAAAAAUUGAGGUCAGGGGACCUGCUGGUAGAAACAGCCUCACCUCAACAAACAGUAAAUCUAUUAGCAACAAAAACACUGGGAGACAUGGAAGUCACUGUCACCCCACACGGAAGUCUAUACUCAUCACGUGGGGUGAUAUCCGAGAUCGAUCUGAUGUCUGAAGAUGAAUCAGAUAUUCAGAUCGGUCUUUCAAAUCAAGGUGUCACUGCUGUCCGACGCAUCUCCAUUCGUCGAGACGGCAAGUUGAUACCAACUAAACAUCUUAUUCUUACUUUCGGAAAGCCAACAUUACCAUCAUUUGUUACUGCAGGAUAUCUGCGCUGUUCGGUUCGUCCGUACAUUCCAAAUCCGCUGCGUUGCUUUAAAUGCCAGCGAUUUGGACAUUCCCAAACAUCAUGUAGAGGCAAAAGUUUAUGUGCACAGUGUGGAGCUGAAGGCCACCAAGGUACUGAGUGUACAACCACUCCAUGCUGCGUCAACUGCAAAGAGGCCCAUCCUGCCUAUUCCCGAAAAUGCCCCACGUGGCAAAGAGAGAAAGAGAUUCAGCGGGUAAAGAUGUUGAAUAAUAUACCUUACCCAGAGGCACGACGCAUGGUCACUUUAAAUGCACCAGUGAAACAGAAGACAUUUGCUGCUGUUCUGAAAUCCACAAAGACAUGUGGAGUUCAGACAGACAUUUCUGUUUCACCAAAAGAAUCUCUAACUCGCCACGAAAAAUGUUUGCUUAUACCAUCUGACCAAACAGCAGAAAAGGAGAGCAAGAAAACCAAAACACCCCUACCUAAAACGGGGUAAUAACAAGGAACGUGGGUUCGAAGAAGGCCGCUAAGAACCCGCUCAAUAAACAAAAAUUAAAAGCAGCCAUCUCCAAGUCUAAGAGAUCAGAGGCUCAGUCUAUGAGUGAGUUUUCUGACAUCUCUGACGAGGAGACUAAUAAGGAGGUGACACCACCAACUUCACCUCCAAAAGGCAAAUCAGCCGUAAAGCUAAAGAGGGAUACCUUCACAAAGAAUGCUGCCUCAAACACAUAAUGGGUUAUAAAAUAAUCCAAUGGAACUGUCGUGGUUUUCGCAACAACUUCUCUGACAUUAAACA